AUUGCUCUAGCCUGGAAGAAUCAAUCCGUGUUUUCUUGUUCAGGAACUGUCCGGAGAACAGUCUGCUGUCAACAGGCUGGGUGGUGAAGCAAGGCAAGGCUGACAGCAAUAUUCAAAGGAUUGAGAACUCUGUCAGCAUUCCCCCUCUUUGCCAUAGACGGCGUGUCAUCUUCAGGCAGUAUAUCUGCGACUUCAGUUCUUUCCUAUCAUUGGAAAAUGAACUCCGGAUACGAGCAUUGAGGACCAGGGGUUCAUGGCACCCAGCGCAGCCCGAUGCAGACAGACACUCAUGCAGGGGUGGACUGAAUACUGACGGCUCUGAGCCACUGGGAACUGCGCAAUGACCAGUAGGCAGGGCGGUCAUGCCGAGAAACCACUACCGCCGUCCACCUCCCGCCCGCCCGCCGCCCCCAGGCUGCAGGUCCAGCGCUCGCUGUCCCGGGACAACAUCACCAUCCACUUCUCCGCUCUCGGCAAGGAGGAAGAGGAGGAGGAAGAGGAGCUGUAUUGGACCACGGUCUCCUCCUCUCCCCCCUCCACGGUGCUGGCAGGUAACGCGGACGAUGUCAGCAAAAUCGCUGAGGCCCUGGAGGCCAGUGAGGAGAUGGAGUAUGGAGUGGACAGCGUGAACUCCGUUACUGAUCCCACUGUGCUUCCCAUGUUCUCCUCCUCCUCCACCGUUACCCUUCCACCCAUGUCAGGCCCCCAAGACCAGGGACCAACCCAACCCUUCACAUUCGGCUCACUCUCCACAGCUGCCAAAGGACCUGCCGCUACCCAAGUACAUACCUCCGCCACUUCCAAAAGCUCGUCUCCUUCAAGAUCCAUCACCCUCACCUCCACCGACAAGCCAUUCUUCAGCCUCAUAAAGUCCCUGUCCUCGGACUUGGAGCCCCGUGAGGGGGUACCCCUCGGUCCCACUGUGAGCCACCGCCAGCUCAUGAAGAACCUUGUCAAGUCCCUGUCCAGCGACACCUCCCAGGAAGCCUCGGGGUCCUUCCGCCUGCCGGAUUCACGCAGCCUGCAACUAUUCAAGCAGUUCACACAGCCCCGUGGAGCGGCGGCGUCAUCGGUGACGGGGGGCGACUCUAAAACUGCCCCGUCGUCGCCGCUGACCUCCCCAGACAGCCGCUUCGGGUUCAAGGUCUCCGAGGUAGAGGCCCGCAUCGAGGACACGAAGCGGCGGUUGUCCGAGGUCAUGUUCGAGCCCUUGCAGCUGCUGAGCAAGAUGAUUGGCGACGAAAGUGCCUCCACAGGAAGCCUCUACCGCCCUAAAGGCCUCUCCAGUAGUGCCUCUGAGCUCUCGAACCUGGCCAGUUUCAAUGGCCACCUGGAGAGCAACAACAACUACAGCAUAAAGGAGGAGGAGGGGGACUCCGACGAGGAAGGAGCGGCCAAUGCUUCUUCUGUCGCGGAGUCCCUCACCGACACCCGCGGUGUCAAGCCGGGGAUGCCCUUGGCUCUCGAGAAGUGCUCCAUGUCAGCUCUUGCCAGGCAAGAGGAUGAGGAGUUCUACGAGCUGUACAGCGAGGACUUCGACUUCGACAACGAGACAGACGGUGACCGCCCUGAUGACUCAAUCGCCAGGAGUAAGGGCCACCACCUGCUGAACACGGACACCUUCAUUGAGGACGAGCUGGAGGGAGAGGAGCCAGACCCCAGCAUCCCCCUUAAGACCCUGUUUGCAUUGACUCUCAUCACUUAUGGGUACUUCGUACUGCCCCUGCCCACCUACGUGGGUGGGAUGUUUUUUGGGACGUUUCUGGGAUUCAUGUUGGCUGUCGGAGUCAUUUGGCUGGCCGGACCAAGACGAUCUGGUGGGGCAGCUGGACAUAAAAGGAUCAAGAAGGAGAUGUGCAACACAGCACAGCUGGACAUCAAAGAGCCAGGGAUGUUUAAGGGCUGGAUGAAUGAAAUCCAGAACUACGACCCGGAGACGUACCACGCCACCCUGACCCACUCCGUGUUCGUGCGGCUGGAGGGCUCAACGCUACGCCUCUCCAAGCCCAACCGCAACGUAGCCCGCCGCGCCACCAUCAACGAGCCCAAGCACGACAUCUGUUAUGUCAGCCAGAAGAUCUUCGACCUCACCGACAGCAAGAUCCACCUGGUUCCCCAGAGUCUGGCCAGGAAGCGGGUUUGGAAUAAAAAGUACCCCGUGUGCAUUGAGCUGGGCAAGCAGGACGACUUCAUGUCCAAGGCCGAGAGCGAGGCGGAUGAGGAACGGCCCGCGGAUUCUCUUCUGGAAAAGUCAGAGGUCGCCGCAGGAGCAGGAGUGGAGGAAGCCAAGAGGCCGGGCCAAGAGGCGUGUCGGCCGUCGGGGUCCAAGAGCCACCUGGCAACGCUGUACCUGUUCGGAAGGACCGGGCGUGAGAAGGAGGAGUGGUUCCAAAGGCUUCUGGUGGCCUCCAGGCUCAAAGCUGAGACGGCCAAGAAGGCGGCAAGCCUCCCCGUCAGUAAAAGUAGUGCCACCCUGACCUCCCACAGUCGCAGCAGCAGCCGCAGCAGUCUGGACGAGUUGUUCAGUCAGCCGCGGCAGAAGGACUCGUCCGGCCCGGCUCCGGCCCGCCCCAGGCCCGCGCUGGACUACAGUGACUACAUGGGGCGCUGCAUGCCCCCAGAGGAGCCACAGGUGGGCAGCGCCCCCGCCUCAAGCCCUCAGCAGAGCCCACACAGCAGCCCUGCGGCCAGCAAGAAGUUGCCAGGAAUCCAAGUGAAGGAGGACGAGUCUGUUGCCUGGGUGAACGCUCUGGUGGGCCGUGUGGCGUGGGACUUCCUGGGGGAGAAGUACUGGGUGGACUGGGUGUCCAAGAAGAUCCAGAUGAAGCUGAGUAAGAUCAGGUUGCCGUACUUCAUGAACGAGCUGACGCUGACGGAGCUGGACAUGGGCCUCUCAACUCCCAGAAUCCUCCAGGCCUCCAAGCCCUCGGUGGACCACCAAGGUCUGUGGUUUGACUUGGAGAUCGCCUACAAGGGUUCUUUUCUCAUGACGCUGGAGACAAAGAUGAACCUAGCCCGCCUGGGGAAGGAAGGAGAGGGGUUUGGAGAGUUUGGCAAAGAUGGACCACGAGCCUAUUGUCUGGCAGACAGUGAUGAGGAGUCGUCCAGCGCAGGCUCGUCUGAUGAGGAGGACCCCUCGGAGCUGACCCCUGACCAGACGGCCGGAGCCGAGGGGUAUGUGGGCGGCCACAAGCCCAGUAAGAUCAUGCGCUUCGUGGACAAGAUCACCAAGUCCAAGUACUUCCAGAAGGCCACGGAGACGGAGUUCAUCAAGAAGAAGAUGGAGGAGGUGUCCAACACACCCCUGCUGCUCACCGUAGAGGUGCAGGAGAUACGGGGGACGCUGGCCGUCAACAUUCCCCCACCCCCUACCGACAGGAUAUGGUAUGGCUUCCGCACCCCUCCGCGGCUGGACCUGAAGGCACGGCCCAAACUGGGCGAGAGGGAGGUCACGUUUGCACACGUCACCGACUGGAUUGAGAAGAAGCUCUACCAGGAGUUCCAGAAAAUCCUGGUGAUGCCCAACAUGGACGACCUGUGGCUCCACAUCAUGCACUCCGCCACGGACCCACGCUCUCACCCGGCCCCCUCCGAGAGCGAAGCGCCCCCCUCCAGCGACCUGUGAGAAGGGGGGCUGCCCUCCAGUAUUCUGUCCGCUGGUGGUGCACUGCACUCGCCCCAACACACACAAACGGAAGCUGUGAUCGCACCACCCCUACACUACCAACCGCACCGUCAGCCCCAGGUGCCACAUUCCAAAUGAAGGGCAGCCUUUAGAAGGGCAUGACCUUUUUGACAUUGUGUGACCUCACAAGUAAAUAAACGAAUAAAUAAAUAAUUAACCUCUGAAGAUGAUGCCAUGAAGGAAACACUUCCACUUUGCUGCUUGGAGACUUUUUUUUCCCCCUCACCUCCAGAUCAGGAGAAGCAUGGGGGGAAAAAAAGCAUGGAGACCAAACAUGAUCAUCUCUUUGAUGAAGAAUUUUACGGAGAUGCCAUGAAUCUAUUGACAUUAGUCUGCCUGUAAGGGGGAGGGAGGGAAUUCCUGGAGAGGGCGAAGAGAGGGAUUGUGGGGGAAUGAAGAGCAUAUGGUGUCCAUCGAGGGCAUGGGUUAUCGCAUUCACCGGACACCUUACCUUUUUACUCUACAGAAGGAAACUUGCCUUUAUCUCGACUUGGAGAAAUCUGGAAAUCUAGUGAAGUAGCAGAUUGAGAUCGUGAGAUUGAAGUUUUACAGGCUUAUAAAGCUACGAGUCCUACAGAGGGGCAGUGCCCCCGAGUCUGUGAGAGACAAUACCUGUCUGUGUGUGUGUGUGUGUGUGUGUGUGUGUGUGUGUGUGUGUGUGUGUGUGUGUGUGUGUGUGUGUGUGUGUGUGUGUGUGUGUGUGUGUGUGUGCGCGCAUGCAGCACUUAAUACUUAAUGAACACAAAAACAAAAUGAAGUGUGAUUGGAUGUGUGAUGAAGAAUCUAUUGGUAAAUAAUUGACUAUUGACGUCUAGCACCAUCUGUCAUAUCUGAGUGUGAGUGGGUUUUUCUGUCUGUGUGUGUGUGUGUGUGUGUGUGUGUGUGUGUGUCUGUCUGUUUGGGUGUUUAUGUGUCUGUGCUGGUGGAAGCUAAGAGUCAUUACUGUCGCCAACACCAUAACACAUGUGAAAUGUACCCAUGCUUUCAGCGGGCAUCAUACCUGCGCUGGCCGUGUGUGUGUGUGUGUGUGUGUGUGUGUGUGUGUGUGUGUGUGUGUGUGUGUGUGUGUGUGUGUGUGUGUGUGUGUGUGUGUGUGUGCGCGCGCACGCUUAUGUUUGUCAUCGGGCUGCGCUUCCUAGUGCUAACACCGCUGCACCCCUCUUCUUAUAGGCCACUGCGAACUCUACUCUGAGCAAGUGAAUGCUAUAUCACAGCUGAUAAACCGUGUAUGUUGCCAUUCAAAAAUAGUCUGUUUGUUUGCCUUCCAAAAGCCAAUUGCAGGACAUCUGUAAGGUACGUCCUUUUUAAGCUUAAAGGUUGUCUUUGUAGGUUGGGUUUAACCAUUUACUCUAAGUUGCCAUUGUAAUGUUUUGAUGCCUCAAAGCAUUUUACAUUGGUGCGCGAAAGCUGUUUUUACAGUUAUAGCCUGCUUAUAUCGCUAGCUAUCGCUACAUAUCUUCUGUAUCAUGUUCGAUGCUUGAUACAAACCUUAGAAGGUGCAGUAAGUCAAGGGUUUUUCUGUCGUUGUUUUUUUUACAUGUCUACAUAGCAUUGCAUUCCACCUACACCCCUCCACCCCAACACAUCCCCACAUACACAGGCAUAUAAAUGACCUAGACACACACACACACACACACACACACUCUCCUACUAGUCCCGCCUUGGCACUGUAAUUACCACGGCAACUCAUCACCAAAGCCUUCCAAAGGUUCCAGAUGACCUACUGCUGCACAAGGGAGGAGACACAGCUGUAUAUUGCGAUGCGUUAUCUCCGCUCAAAGGACGUUAUGGUUUAACAGUUAUAUUGAUCGAGGGACUAAGACUUCCAAAUGAAUGUAAUGAUGGUGUAUUCCUUAGGGUGGGAUGUCUGUGUGCCAUUUAAAGUUUAUGCUAUGAUAUUAUAGCGGUUACUAAUUUGAAUUAUAUGCAAAGUGUAUUCUUUUGGUUGAGAGGAAAUAAUAUUUGUACUAUGUAAGUGAUUUGAAAAACACUAUAGAGCUACUCACAUGGAAAGUUAAUUAUUGUAUGAUUGUAAUUGAAGCCAUUAUUGCCUAUUCCCAUUUAGAAUUUUUCCAGUAGGCCUACCUAACAGAGAUGCUUUGGACCUGAGUUCUUUCUAAAACAAAAUAACUCUUUGAAAAAUUCCUUGAGUACAGCUCCACUGUCUAUUGAAGAAAAAUACCAUCGCUGUUUGUCUUUUGAAGUAGUCACGGAAACGGUCUCUGUUUACUCUUCCUCUCACAUUUAAUGAAGUGUCGUGGAUGUAGUGCUGCCUUUGUACUGUGCUUCGCUGAUCUUAUCUUAAAAACAAAACAAAAAAAGCUGUAUCCGGCACUCGCCAUGGGUGUUCAGAGGGUGGACAAUGAGAGCUUUGCUCUGAAGUACGUUACCCCUACCUCGUACAAGUCAAGAACAUGAGACCAUCACACUUGCUCUUUUAUGAUGUUCACUCAUAGGUUAUAGAGUCUCAGACGACCACACACGCAGUCUGGCUGUGGUCUGUGAAGUGAAGGUUUCCCACACUAUCGAGUUUUGUUUCGUUUUUUAUUUUUAUUUCUACAGACCGCAUAGACUGCACACUACACAUGUUCUACACAGGGCUUGUUUACAUGGAGUGUCAAACAUACUCUCUCCUCUUUUUGUAACUGAAAUCUGAUAAUCUGUCAUUUUAAACUAAACAUGAACAUGUCCAAGGGUGACCUCCUAAAGCUAAAACCUGUUUGCGCCUUAAAUGACUCACUAGUGGUACGAAUCUUUUUUUUUUUUUUUUGCUGGUUCACUAAGCAGUGAUCGUGAAAACUGUGUGCUAGAGAGACAAAAAGAGUUAUAUUAUUACAUGAAGAAAAUUAUUUGUAUCGCGAGGUGACAUUAUGGAAAAAAAAAAAAUAAAUGGACUGAUCUACUUUGAAAUGAUUCCGGAACUUUUCUAGAGCCAAAUAGAAACAGUUGCUAGUCAUGUGCCAGAGUGGUGCGUGACUGGUCUGCUGAAGUGAGGUUGUAGCAGUUUAGGGAAACUGUUAUAUCAAAUGAAUAUAUCUUUGUCUAUGUUCUCUUCAAGUGUUGAAAAUACUUUUGUUUGCAGGCCUUGCGUGUACAAUUUACUUUUUUUUUUGCUAUGUCCUACCUUGUAUAGGUCUAAUGAAGGACUGCAAGGUGUUGAAAAAAAAAUGGUAUUCUGCUGGCUUUGUAAUUAUAAUUCAUAAAGUGAUUUAAAUAAAGACUUCUUAUUGAA